CAAAUAGUGGCUUGUUUACGUGCAUAUUGCAUGUCCACUGUACAACAAUUCUUCUGAAUGUUCAUGUUUUAAGAAGCGUGCUAUUCACAGUCUUGGUCAAGCAUUUAACGCCAGUUUGUUACUGCGGUCAUCCGGUAUUAUGAUCCUUGAUCCUUGUAUACUCAUUCAGUAUCCAUAGCCAUUUCGACUAAUGCUUCUUCCACUGUAAUUUUGAUCUUCGCAUUGUCAUUUUUGAUCCACUCUAUGCUCCGAAUGCUGUACAAGUAACUGCAUGAACAUUUCGAAAGCUGUUCGGUCGUGUAUUGACGUUGUUUUUUGCGGGAUAUCUGCUGCCACCUUAGACGUUUUGGAAGCAGCAAGUUCUCUGGAAUCAUGCAUUAAAAUUAGCGGAUACUGGGAUGUAGACUAUCCUGGGAAAAGUAGCUUGAGACCUAUUGGCGUUCAAAUAUUAUCUUCCUCUUUCGACGAUUUAUUGAAAAGCGCUCAGUAUGAUUUUAUAUUUUUGUGUCUGUCACCUCAAAUGCAGUACAAAGUUUUGAGAAGUUCACUUCUCAAACUGGAAGUCAUGGUCCCACCUACUUCGAAAUCCACUUUUCCUGCCGUGAUUCUUUUCCCCCCGGUUAGUCCUUGUUACAACUGCAUCGCUCUUUCCGACGCACGGAAUUUUAUCGGUGUGGCAAUGCCAUUUCGCAGACUGACGUCUGUUGCUACACUGUGUGCUCACUUACGAUCCAAUUUGGAAACAAGCUCCCUUAACUCUACUAAGUGCCCUUCAUCUUUGCCUUCGAAGUGGACGCUUGGCGCAUUGCGCAGUUUUCACGUUCGCUUAAGAGCAGUUAAUCCUGUCAAAGCUGAUGAGUACUCGUGGUUAUGUGAACCUGGUGCCAUUGGUGGUGGACUUCUUAAUAUCUAUGCAAGUAGUCUUAUUGAUUUGGCUUUCUUGCUCACCUCUGGACUCCGCAUCAACUCUGUCAGCUGCUUGUGCCGAACGUUCGAUACCGAGGUGUCAACUAAUUCUGACUCUAUUAGGCGCAUUUCUGCUGAAGAUUACGUCCUGGCCACGGCAGAGAUGGAAUCAAGGUGUGGAACAUCUCGUGGUCCCGUCGCAGUGUUUUGCCUCGCCGCAGAUUUGCCGCGCACAUCCUCUGAAUAUGCCAACCCCAAAAACUUGUCAUACCAUUCGCAUAAUGAUCAAUUUAUCCUAGAAAUCGAAAUUGUUGGCUCAUCUGGUCGGUUCAUCAUAUCUAGUUGUCACGACGAAGUCCAGUGGAAUCCAGUUGGUCGGGUUAUCGGUCCCACCAAUCUCGAAGAGAGUAUCCAAACAGAUGUGUGCUCGACACCUGUUGAUAAUCCUGGAUCACAUUUUCAGCCGAGAAGCGGGGAAGGUCUCACUGUUACAAACGGGAGUUUGCGUGAAAAUGAGAAGCAACUUGACACUCAUAUAUUAAGGUGCAAAACUAAUGGGUGUCACAUUCCGGAUAUGGGGAAUUCCUCUACCACACAGCAUCACAAGACUAGUAAACCAAAUGAAACGUCUGUUGACAAGAUUCCUGAUCAAUGCUCUCACAAACCCUUAUCAACGAAAGCUUCAUCUCAAGUCCGAGAGAUGUGGAAGCACUGGUUUACCGAGCUCUCAUCCGCCAUGCGAGGAUCUUCCACGAGGCAGUCUUUGGAAUCAUUUGUAGCCACGCCAGAGCACUGGGGAUACAUUCAACGCGUGCUCAUGGCACUCGAUAAAGCUGCACGAAUGCGUUGCUGGGUCGAUGUCGCCACAGGUGAACGCGUUUAGCUGUUUUUGCGACUUCAUUCCCCAUUGUUAUAAUAUCGUCCUUAGACUUUGUGCCAAAUGUACGUUCUCUUAUCGUUCACUAUAUUUUGUCCAUUCCGUUCCAUGAGUACUUCGCGGACAUUGUGAUGUGAACCCCUCUAUAAAGUACUUUUGUCAACUGUUCUACCUUUUUAUUUUACAACGCUUGUCUAUCCGACUCUGUUUUGCAGUACUCGCUAAAGGUUUGUUGUACAUAAGCCAUCUAUGGCGCUAACAACCGAAAUGUUGAAUUUUUGGUUCGCAGCGCCUGCCUUGACUGGCCCAUAGCCACUCUGCUGCAUGCUUCCUUAUUCUGAAAAUCAAACCUAACGCGUUAGGGAAACUACUAGUUUUACGACUCUUGAGCACUUGACUUUCCACGCUGUCUUCCGUAUUUGUUCCUGUGACUGGUUUCCACUAUCUAGCGAUUCUUCAGAUAGUUAUUCCAUUUACUGCUUUAGGGCCGCACAAUCACGAUUGUGCUAAGAAAUAACUCACAUAGGAAGAGCUUCGAGUUGGAAAAUCUCUUUGUGGAGGUUGGCGGAUAAGUACUGAGUCGAUACGGGUUUCUUUCUUUACAUUCACACAAAGACUUUCUUUCUGACUUUGAAGAGUUAGUAAGCAGGCACUGUUGUCUUCCGUAGCUUUUGUUUCCGCCUGAAACAUUCUCCUUUGGACUUCUAUCUUUUAUGCUGUCGGGUCUGUUGAAAAGACACAGUUUUACUAAACAACUAUCCGAACUCCCAUGGUUUCUUGCAGUGGUGCUUCUAUGUUACAAUUACUACAACCGGCUAGUUUUCGUUGUCAUCAACAUAAUGAGAUAACUGUAAUUUGUGGG